AUGCUGGCACGCCAGCUCUGUCUGCGACAGGCUCAGAGCGGAACAAACGGCCCUCGCUCUUAUUGCAGGGAUUUCGUCCAGAAGCGUGACUAUGAGGCGUAUCUCGUGUCUCAAGUUUAUCCUCGGGAUCAUCGAGAUGCAUUUUAUGCCCUCAGGGCAUUCUACAUCGAGCUAUCCACGAUGCAAGAAUCCGUCUCAAACUCAAUAAUUGGAAACAUGCGGAUGCAGUUCUGGAAGGACGCUCUCAAGGAUUUCUCCGACGGCAGGCCGCCAAAGCACCCAAUCGCACUUGCGUUGUAUGAAGCCUCGGGAAGAUUCAAUCUCCCUAUGUACCACUUGAAAAGGAUGAUAGAGGCUAGGGACGCAGAGCUACAGACCCCAACGCACCUUACACUAGAUAGUCUGACCGCGCAUGCCGAGUCGACGUCAUCCACAUUCCUCUACCUCCUCCUAUCCAUGCUCAAUCAGUCGUCUUCUCACGACUUCUCCCACGCAGCGUCCCACGUAGGCGUUGCGCAUACUAUUGCGACGCUUCUUCGCGCUCUGCCGUACCACGCUUCGAAACGACACAUGGUCAUCCCUGCAGAGGUUACGGCACGACAUGGCGUAAGCCAGGAAGAGGUUUUCCGGCAAGGAGGAAACGCCAAAGGGAUCGACGACGCUGCAUAUGAGUUCGCCACGUUGGCCAACGACCAUCUGAUUACAGCAAGGGAGAUGUUCAAGGACACUGCGGGCAAAGUACCGGGUCCGGUUAAGCCGGUGUUUCUGAAUGCGGUACCGGCCGCAGUAUAUUUGGAGCGGCUUGAGAAAGCAAACUUUAAUGUCUUCCUUCCCUCGUUGCAACAGCGGAGUUGGAGGCUGCCGUGGCGUAUCUGGCUGGGAUACUACCAGGGUAGAUUCUAG